AUGCGUUUGACUUUGGCGCUUCUGGUGCUGGUCGCACUCAUCGCCGUGGCCACCGAUGCUCAAAGCAGUCAGAAAAGGACGAACGCCAGGACUUUGGCUACCGUCACGUCUCGGCAAACGCGCAACAGGAUCAAUGCACGAGCUGGAAUCGCGAGAGGACGUGCCACGACCAGUCGCAGAUCGGUGAUCAUCAUUGGCAACGGAAGUAGUAGCUCUUCAUCCAGCAGCAGCUCCACCCCAUCCUCCCGAUGCCGGACCACUACCACGAGCUGCUCGGCCAACUCCAAUGUCUGCGGUCGUUGGAGUUCCACACGCAGGUGUCGUCGGUUCAGGAACAGAUGCCUCAUGGAGCGGGCCAACUGCCGGACAACCGUUUCAAGCUGGAAUGUUGUUAGUCUGGGCAACUGUUCGAGCAUAACUGUGAAUAAUACUGGCACCUGUACGAGCACCUUUUCAUCGUCUUCUUCUUCAUCGACCUCGACUUCCAACUCACAAUUGUCCAACAUACUCUCCACCAUUCUGAUAUCAUCAUCGAGAUCCUCGAGAGUCACGCCCAUACUUAUACGAAGAGGUUGA